AUGGAGAUUUACACUCCGUAUCAACCUCCCACCAUCAAAAUCCCCUUCGAUGUCACUAAGAAGUUUCAUGUGUUUCUCAGCUUUUGUGGAAAAGAUGUGAGAAAAACAUUUGUCGAUCACCUCUACGAAUCUCUCUGUGUAGCAGGGCUUCGGGUUUUCCUGGACAGUGAAGACUUUAAGAAGGGCAAAGACAUCGAUUCCACCUUGAAAAUGCCCAUUGAAACAAGUCAUAUUGUCAUACCCAUAUUUUCCACACUCUAUGCAGAGUCGCCUUGGUGUCUGGAGGAGGCGGCGCGGAUGAUUAGAUCCAAUGGCUUCAUUAUUCCCCUGUUUUAUGAUGUGGAGCCCUCUGAUGUUCGCUACCCUCAAAGAAAUGGAGGUCUGUUCGCCCGGGCAUUCCAAAAUCAUUACACCCAUUUAGAUCGCCAGGAUGAAAAGACAAUUGAGGAAUGGAAGAAGGCUCUUCAUCAAAUCUCUUUUUGUUCUGGCUGGACAAGGGAAGCAGAAUUCGGGUAA